AUGGACCAAAGACACCCCAUGUAUGGUUACUCGGGACCACAAAGGAGACUUAAAGCUCGAAGAAGCUUCAUUGCUAAUUCGUCCACGAUCCAAGAUUCACCGGAACAACACAGAAUACUAAAAUGGAGAGAAGAGCUACAAUGUGAAAAACCUGCUGAGAAUUUACCAUGUGGAGGAAACCAACCAUGGAUUAUUUGGAAGACAUUAAAUAGGCUAAGAACUGGAGUAGCUAAAACAAAAGUAAACAUGAUGAAAUGGGAAUACCAGAGAGAACCGCACAUACUAUGGGAAUGUGGCGAAGACCAAUCAGAUGACCACUUGUGCACACUAGCCCCACCAUUAAAUCUUGAUUUUCAUUGA